CAUCUAGGAAUCCAGCAAAAGCUAAAAUACACCCACAAUGGACGAGAAGAAGCAGGGCUGGACAGCGUUCCUUCUGCUGAUCUGCGUGUGCAUCACCUUGGGGGCCGUCAUUCCCAUCGGAUAUUCGUUUGGCGUGAUCAACGCACCAGCCCAGUUCAUCAGACUUUGGAUCUUCGAGUCGGCCCAGUCCAGAUACUCGACCGUCUUGGGCGACUCUCAGCUGACAACUCUGAUGGCCUGUGUAGCGUCCAUGUUCCAAGUCGGUGGCAUUGUGGGUUCUCUGGUUGCGCCCGGCUGCAACACGAAGCUGGGACGCAAGGGCAGCCUACUUGUCAGUGGAGCCCUGCUCACCAUUGCCGCGAUUCUGCAGUUGUUCUGCCGCAUGGCCAGCUCGGUGGAAAUGCUGCUCCUUGGGCGACUGACAGGCGGCAUAGGAGCUGGCCUGGUCUACACCACUCAGCCCAUGUAUCUGGUGGAGCUGGCGCCGGCGGAACUGAGCGGCAGCGUGGGCGUCUUCACCUGUAUCGGCAUCACAGGCGGGGUUGUGGUGGGUCAGUUUUUUUCCUUCGAUUUCCUGUUGGGCACUAGCAAGCACUGGCAUUGUGCCCUGGGUGGCUAUGUGAUACUGGUAAUCAUUGGCCUUGCGCCGCUCCUCUGGUUCCCCGAGAGCCCCAGAUACUUGAUGUCCAAGGGCAACAGGGGUAAGACCCGAGCGAUUCUUGUGCGACUGCGGAAGAGCGAGCAGCGCGUGGACACGGAGCUGGCGGAGAUUGAGGCUGCCUUGGCCGUCGCGGUGGAGAAGAGUAGCAUGGCGGACGUGAUUCGCAACAGCAAGCUGACGAUGCCCCUGAUCAUUGUCUGCUCCUUCCAUUUGGUUCAGCAAAUGAGCGGCAUAAAUGCGAUCUGGUUCUAUUCCGUGUCCAUUUUCACAGAUGCUGGAUUCACCUUGGAAGUGGCCUUGUGGCUGAAUUUCGCCGAGGGAGUGCUGAACUUUUUCGUUGCCCUCUUCGGACCCUGGAUGAUGGCCAGCUUCAACAGGCGAAUCAUGAUGAUGCUCUCCUGCCUAUUAUCAUCCAUUUUUCUGUCUUUGCUCAGCGUCGGGCUCGAGCUUAUGAGCUCGUACCAGAAGGUUUCCUACGGCUGCAUCCUCUUUCUGUCGCUGUACAUCGUUGCCUUUAACCUGGGUCUGGGACCCAUGCCCUUCUUCAUUGGUUCUGAGAUCUUCGAGGUGUCGCCACGUCCCGCUGCAAUGGCCUUGGGUAGCCUGACCAACUGGCUAUCCAACUUUCUGCUUGGCAUGGUGUUCCCCCUCCUGCAGUCGGGCAUUGGACCGUUUGCCUUUAUACCCUGCUCUCUGAUAUGCCUCUAUGGAUUCCUCCUGACCUGCCGCUACUUGCCGGAGACCAGGAACCGCAAUCCCAAGGAUGUGGCGCCAUUGCUGCAGAGAGGCCUCAAGUCGAAGAUCAAGUGAAACUGAAAGUGAAAAUUUAAAUAUAUGUAUG